UGUUCGUCUCGGUUUACCUGCGAUUAGGCGGCGAUCUUAGGGCUUGCUUGGGGAUCGCGUUUAAUUUUUAAUCGAUUGCGGAAAUGAUUUCUUAUUUUAUUUUCAUCCAUUUUUUUUGAUGUGGAUUUGGGGGAGUGAUUACUCUUUGUAGCAGAAGUAGGUGAAGGGGGUUUCAAUCGAAAUGGCUCGUUUGGUAGGUCCGUGCAAAGGUUCGAGUUUGGUAAAGCCCGGGUUUCUCGGCUUGUUCUCGUCCUUUCAUAUUCAAUAUAGGCAUUGCUGUUCUUCAUUGCACUAUCCAACAAAAAAUUACUUGACAAAGAACCACUGUAACAAUAUUUUAAACGUCAGCAAGGAGGGUACAUAUUGGAGGAGAAAUCUGUUUCCUGUCUCUUCACCUUGGGGAAGGUUUACUGGCAGAAGGUUAACUUGUUCAGUUGCAACAGAACCCCUACCAUCUCAGACGGAGGCGUCAAAGAUGGAUACCCCAAAAGAGAUCCUCUUGAAGGACUACAAGAAGCCUGAUUAUCUCUUUGACACGGUGGAUUUGAGAUUUCAAUUGGAUGAGGAUAAAACUAUUGUAUCGUCAAAGAUAGCUGUUUUACCCAGAAUUGAAGGUGUUUCUUGUCCUUUGGUCCUUCAUGGGCACGAUCUUAAGCUAUUAUCAAUUAAAGUUGAUGGCAAGGACCUGAAGAAAGAAGAAUUCCAGCUGGACAUGCGUCAACUGACACUGGCGUCACCACCCACCAGUGCAUUUACUCUGGAAAUUGUUACAGAGAUAUAUCCUCAGAACAAUACAUCUUUGGAGGGUCUUUAUAAAUCCUCUGGGAAUUUUUGUACGCAAUGUGAAGCAGAAGGUUUUCGGAAAAUCACUUUUUACCAGGAUCGCCCUGAUGUGAUGGCAAAAUAUUCUUGUCGAAUUGAAGCGGAUAAGACACUGUAUCCAGUACUAUUAUCUAAUGGGAAUCUCAUAGAGCACGGGGGCCUUGAGGAUGGUAAACAUUAUGCUCUUUGGGUGGACCCCUUUAAAAAACCCAGCUACUUGUUUGCAUUAGUUGCUGGACAGUUAGAAAGCAGAGAUGACACAUUUGUAACUCGCUCCGGCCGGAAGGUUUCUUUGAGGAUCUGGACCCCUUCGCAUGAUGUACCUAAAACGGCUCAUGCGAUGUAUUCUCUCAAGUCAGCUAUGAAAUGGGAUGAGGAAGUCUUUGGUCUUGAAUAUGACCUUGAUUUGUUCAACAUUGUGGCUGUUCCUGAUUUUAACAUGGGGGCCAUGGAAAACAAGAGCCUGAAUCUAUUCAACUCUAAACUUGUCUUGGCAUCACCUGAAACUGCUACAGAUGCAGACUAUGCUGCAAUCUUGGGAGUAAUUGGUCAUGAGUAUUUCCACAACUGGACUGGCAACAGAGUGACAUGCCGUGACUGGUUCCAGCUCAGUCUAAAGGAAGGCCUCACUGUCUUUAGAGAUCAGGAGUUUUCAUCUGACAUGGGCAGCCGCACAGUUAAGCGCAUAGCUGAUGUUUCAAGACUUCGGAAUUACCAAUUUCCACAGGAUGCUGGUCCAAUGGCUCACCCUGUUCGGCCACAUUCAUAUAUUAAGAUGGACAACUUCUAUACCGUGACGGUGUAUGAGAAGGGAGCUGAAGUUGUUAGAAUGUACAAAACCUUGCUUGGAAGUUCAGGUUUCCGGAAGGGCAUGGACCUAUAUUUCAAAAGACAUGAUGGACAAGCUGUGACCUGUGAAGAUUUCUUUGCUGCAAUGCGUGAUGCAAAUGAUGCUGACCUCUCUAACUUUUUGUUGUGGUAUUCUCAAGCUGGGACGCCCUAUGUUAAGGUUACUUCAUCUUAUGAUCCUGAUGCUCAUACAUAUACUUUGAGGUUCAGUCAAGAAGUGCCACCAACUCCUGGUCAACCAGUGAAAGAACCAAUGUUUAUACCUGUUGCUAUUGGACUUCUUGACUCAAGUGGAAAAGACAUGCCCCUCACUACCGUUUAUAAUGAUGGGAUGAUGCAGACAAUCACAAGCAACAACCAACCAGUCUCCACAACAGUACUUCAAGUUAAGAAGAAGGAAGAAGAGUUCGUGUUUUCUGAUAUACCUGAGCGGCCAAUCCCUUCUGUGUUGCGGGGUUACAGCGCACCUGUUCGUCUUGAUUCUGAUCUUACAGACAGUGAUCUGCUUUUCCUACUCGCACAUGAUUCUGAUGAAUUCAACCGAUGGGAGGCUGGUCAGGUAUUGGCGAGGAAACUGAUGCUCAGUCUUGUAGCAGACUUCCAGCAAAAGGAAACAUUGGUUCUGAACCCAAAGUUUGUGGAUGGGAUUAGAAGCAUCCUCUGUAAUUCAACCUUGGAUAAAGAAUUUAUUGCAAAGGCAAUUACUUUGCCUGGUGAAGGGGAGAUCAUGGACAUGAUGGCUGUUGCAGAUCCAGAUGCUGUUCAUGCUGUCCGCUCUUUCAUUAAGAAGCAGCUUGCUCUCCAGCUAAAGAAAGAGUUCUUAGCCACUCUUAUUGACAACAGAAAUUCAGGUCCUUAUGUUUUCAACCAUCAUGAUAUGGCUCUUCGUGCACUGAAAAACACCUCUCUUGCCUAUCUCGCUUCUUUGGAUGAACCAGAGCUCACAGAACUUGCAUUGCAUGAGUACAAGUCUGCAACAAACAUGACUGAACAGUUUGCUGCUCUAACAGCCAUAGCCCAAAAUCCAGGUCAAGUCCGUGAUGAUGUUCUCUCUGAUUUCUAUAGCAGGUGGCAGCAUGACUUUCUGGUUGUAAAUAAAUGGUUUGCUCUCCAAGCCAUGUCAGACAUUCCUGGAAAUGUUGUUAAUGUCCAGAAGUUGCUGAACCAUCCUGCCUUUGACUUGCGAAAUCCAAACAAGGUAUACUCACUAAUUGGAGGUUUUUGUGGAUCACCUGUGAACUUUCAUGCAAAAGAUGGGUCAGGCUACAAAUUUUUGGGAGAAAUAGUGUUGCAGUUGGAUAAAUUGAACCCUCAGGUGGCCUCCCGCAUGGUGUCAGCCUUCUCGAGAUGGAGGCGAUAUGAUGAGACUAGACAAACACUUGCUAAGGCACAAUUGGAGAUGAUAAUGUCAGCAAAUGGGCUUUCUGAGAACGUCUAUGAGAUUGCAUCCAAGAGUUUGGCUGCAUGAAUAAUGUGAAGUAACUUGUGGUUGUAUGGUUAUUAUCUUGUCAGUGAAAUGGAUUUAUGUGAAAACGGUGUUGGUAUGUUCCUCAGUUCAUCCGUAUCAAUGUCAACCAACAGAGUUUGAUGUGCAAUGCUCUCCCAAUUAUGUAUAAAAUAAAAUAUGCACUAUAAUUCUAAUUUCUCGUGCAGCUCAGAACUUGUAUCAA